AUGUCACACCCACCGGCAGUAUCAACAUUGGGCCAGGAAGGAACGUAUGAUUAUGUCUUUAGUGGGCCCCUGGAUUCACAGGCCCUGUCAUCAACGCUCAAGCUGACCUCACCUCCAGUUCGAGUACGCCCGGACGUCUACCGUUCCCAGUCGAUCGAUUCGCAACGGAGCAGUGGCGUAGACGAUGGGCGUUCGUCAACCGGGACGCGUCAUUCGCCCGGCAGUGGACUUAAGCGGCCAAGGUACAUAGGAGACGGUACCGGUUCUCUCGGCUCACGGAAGAGCGAUCGCUGCGAUGGGGAGGAUGCGGAAUCAUUACGUCAAUUGCUUAUCGAGUGA